AUGGCGGACGAACAAGAAGAAUUUCAAGAAAUGAACGACGUAAAUAUGGACUAUCAAAGAGUGAAACAAACGCAUGAACUGGUAAAAUAUAUUAAGAUCUGCUUGCAUUUUAAUUUUUGGCAAAUUGGAGUGUUCAGUUUGCUGAACUGGGCAGUUUUGGGAUAUUUUUCGUUUCAUUUUUUAUGUGACGGCCUGUACUGUACGUUUGUUUGCUCGAGCUCACGUUUAUGUUUUUGGGCAUUUAUUUUGUACUCCUUCCCGAAUUUGAUUUUGCCACUCUUGAAAGUAAUACUUGUAAGAUCUUUGUACAGCUCAGCCCCAUGCAACUCACGCUAUUUCACACAAAUGAGUUACUUAAUGAACUGAUAAGUUAUGAGAUAUAUGAGUUAUGAAAUAUACCGUAAAAUUCCGAAAAUAAGCCCCGGGGCUUAUAUUUUUCAACGGCCCUUUUUGAGGGGCUUAUUUUCGGACGGGCUUAUCUACGGAGCGAAAUUUGCAUUUCAAAAUCGAUUGGGCUAGCCUUAUAGUUGGAAGUAAAUUUACCGUUUCUGUUUUGUUUUACUUUGUAUUUGAGGGCAAUUUUCCAAGCACAAGCCCCCGGGGGGCUUAUAUUUGGAGGGGCGAUUUAACAGAGGGUUUCUUGCGGUACCGGUUUGGGGGGAUUAUAUUUGGAGGGGCUUAUUUUCUGAAUUUUACAGUAGUUCAUUUAAUACUGCAGAGUUUUGUGGUUAGAGCCAAAGCCAAACAAAUUUUUCCUGUUUCGUUUUAGGCAGGAUACCGCAAGGGCAUUGAAUCAGGAAAAGAAGCACAUUUACAACAAGGUUUUAACGAAGGAUUUUCUUAUGCUACUUACGUUUCAAGGAAAUGGGCAACUUUGAGAGGGGCUUUGAGGUAUAGAUAAACAUACUUGUACUGUAAAACCAGUUGUUAAGGUUUAUUAUUUGCACUUGUAAACUGGGUGCUGCCAAGUGCUGGUAAAUGCCAUGUUACUAACUUAACAACCAAGAGCAGUGAGUUGCAAUAGCAGUCAGUGGCAAAAGUUAUCCUUACUAAUGUUCACAUGCUUGGGUCAUUCCAGUCAUUUGUUCAGGGGUUUCAAUAACGACUGAAGUAGCCAGCAAGUUUGAAUUAUAGAGUAACCGAUGGUAUCAAUAAAUAGUCAUUUGUUCUCUUCUUUUAGGGGGGUCUGGGGGCAUGGACCCUCAGAAAAUUGUAAAAUUUGAAAACCCUAAAAUGCAAUUUUCAGCAUUCUGGGGACUAAAUUGAGUUCUAGGAAUGCAUGGGGUGGGGGUGUGCUAGUUGGAUAUGUGUAGCCCUGAGCCUUAACCAUGUCCAGCAGCAUGUUGUAACUUUCUAGACUGAGGCAGAUCCUGGACAUAAAGCUUUAGUUAAUAACCAAAACCUCUUAUUCUUAUGAUGUGCUGUAAUUUUUUAAUUUCUAUACCCUAGCCAGAGUAUUAAAACUGCCUGAAAACUGUACUCUCCCUGACUUGUCCCCAGUCAUCUCUCGGUGUCCUAUUAAUAUUAGGGACUUUAAGAUUCAAUGACGUGACGGCAACGAGAACAAAAUAGGUUUAAGGAGCAAAACAACAACUUUUCUCAUGCAUGGCCCUUUUUCCUACAUUAUUUUUUUUUUGCACAUUUUCACUGUACUUAAAUAUUUCCCUUUGCAUGUACUUAAAUAGGUUUAAGGAGCAAAACAACAACUUUUCUCAUGGUCCUUUUUUCCUACAUUAUUUUCUUUGCCAUUUUCACACAAGUAUUUCACUUUCUGUACUUAAAUAUGGUCCCUUUGCAUAGCUUCAAACGAGAACAAAAUAGGUUUAAGGAGCAAAACAACAACUUUUCUCAUGCAUGGCCCUUUUUUCUACAUUAUUUUCUUUGCCAUUUUCACACAAGUAUUUCACUUUCUGUACUUAAAUAUGGUCCCUUUGCAUAGCUUCAAACGAGAACAAAAUAGGUUUAAGGAGCAAAACAACAACUUUUCUCAUGCAUGGCCCUUUUUCCUACAUUAUUUUCUUUGCCAUUUUCACACAAGUAUUUCACUUUCUGUACUUAAAUAUGGUCCCUUUGCAUAGCUUCAAAUUCAAAUUCAGAAGUGUUCACGUACGUUUGACAAAGUAAGUAAGUAGGAAUAAUCCCAGUAAAGACUGAAAGAACGCAAAUUCAUUUUUUCGGCGAUGUGCUUGUUGCUCUUGCAUCAUUUGAUCUUAAAGUCCUUAUUAAUGAGAGAAGUGUGGUCAAGGGGAGCAUCGGGGAUGAUGAAAAGGAGGAAAGAGGGGAGACCCCUUUUACUUUCCCAUUGUCUCCUUUGCACCAGAUGUGGUAAUAGUCUCUUCCAAUGUUACUUGAUCGUUUGCAAAUAAUAAGGGACAGCUGGGGACAUGUCAGGUACAGUUGUACCCUCCACAGCACAUACACUACCUAUAGCCCAUAUAUUAAAGUACCCCCCCCCCCACCUCUCUCCCUUUACUCAGUUGGGUCUGGACAACUGAGCCACCCAACUCCAUGUAGCAAUGCUGUGACUUGUUAAGAACUGAUAUCGAACAAAAGGAAUCAAGAGGGUUAAUUUGGCUCAUAUGCAAGGGCGUUUAUCACCAGAAUACUCUAUGUAUUAUUUGCACUGACUGUUAAAUGAGCUACACAUUAGUAGACACUCUCAGGAAACAGAACAAAAAGUCCAUGAGUUUUUCAUUGACUACAUUCUUUCCUGUUACAGUGCUCUGAUGUCGCUAGUGAUAUCGAAGUAUGUGCAAGAUUCCAAUCCAGACAUCGUGUCUGAAAUCACAGAACUACUUGCCGAGGCUACAAAAAUUGAGAGGAAUGCUCUUGAGGUGCAAAAUAUGCAACAGGCAUUCGAAAACAGAAUCAGUCAGACAGUGGGGUAUUUCAAAGGCUCCGUGGCACCACCAAGAGUGGGAAACAAGACUGAAGAACAAUACAUUGACGGCAAUGAGUUAAGUUCAGCAUUUGAAAUGCUUCAUACAGCAGAUACAGCUAAUGGAGUUGAAAAUGUAGGAGUUGAGACUGACAGAGAGCAACAGAGAAUAAAUACUGGAAUCACUUUCCAAGGCUUAGCCAUGGAUGUUGUUUCUGAUGAGUCUUGUAGACCUUUGGAAACAACUGAAACUAUGCCUAGGGAUCUAGAAGUGUUGUGGUCAAGGACAUUUUCUUUAGCUGAUAAAAUUGGUAUAAAUAGACAGAAAAUUAUUUUUCUGAAAUGUCUUUGA